GGGAUUUGUUUUGAUAGCAUUGAUCUAUACAGUCAAAAAUUUUUAACCUCUAAACUGAAAAUUUGAUCAAAUAUCAGAGCUUUUAAAUUUAGGUUUUUUAUUCGAUUCACCGAUUCAAAAUGAAUGAAGAUCCUGGUACUUCGGUAGCGGGGAAGUUGGAGACAUGGAACAUGGCAAACAUUGACCAUAAACAGCUACUGGAGGAAAAUGAGACAAUUAUGCUGACCGAUCAGGCAAACAAUGAUCACUUUGAUGGACAAUCAAUUCGUCUGUUUGAUAAGUUGACAAUCGAAGAUUUGACAAACUUGAAGCAGAAAUUCAAGUCGACAAAGAGUGGCUGUUUGUCCAAGAUGGAGCUGCAAAACAUUUUUAAUGAAAUUUGUCCCAAUUUAUUUGACGAGGAAGAAUUUCAUUGCUUCUAUCUGAAGUUGAACUUCAAGCAAACCGGCAAAGCUGAUUGGGACGAAUUCCUGACGUAUUUGAUGAUGGAAUUCGAGGAGAAAGGCAAAACCACAACAAAAGUUCCCGAGCUCGUUGAGUUGCCAAUCGUAACUCCAGUGAAAUUCAUCAAGAGCUUCCACAGACAUCCAAUAAUACGCAUGACCUAUUGUCCUACUCUUGAUAUGGAUCGGAAGUUCAAUUACCAAAAUGGCCGCUAUCUCACAUGUAGUAAAGACGGAUUUAUAAACUAUUGGAACUUGGAUAUGGUCAACGAGAAAACUUGUAUUGCAAAAUUGCCUCCAGGGAAAAUAGCGGCCAACGCUAGAGUCCUGGACAUGGUGUGUAUGCCGGAUGUGAGUGUCGUCUGUGUCUGCUCCAUCCUCCGAGAUUUGCGGUUCUACGAUACGGCGGCCAGGAAGUUCGAACUCAGAGUUAUGAUGUUGGAACAAAAACCCAAGGACAGGCGACAAUGCCAGCAAUUAGUCAUGCUGAGGGUGCGAGCUGGCACGAAGGCCAAACACCAGCAACAAAACACAUGUACCACAUUCCAGCCACUAGGGGCAGCACCUCCCGGAGCAGUUGAGGGAUGA